UCUAAAUUGCGACCGCAUCUGCAGACACCUUCUAUGGUUGGUGAAGAAAACGCAUUACCACCAGAUGAGGCGAAGGUUAUGGGCCUCAAUCCAGGCCAUCUAAUGAGGCCGAAAGGGUUUACCAUCUCGCAAUCCUUCCUAUCUUCGUAUCAAUCCAAUCUAGACCUGAUAAUUGCAGAAUUGCAGAGCAUAACCAAGAAGAUUCGAGAGGACGAAGAAGAAGGUCUGGUGGCGAAGGAGUGGAAGUUUGCCGCUCGUGUGAUUGACAGAUUCUGCCUAAUCGUCUUCAGUCUCAUCAACCUCAUCACCACGUUCAGCACUCUCGUGUUGGCGCCCAAUAUCGGGCCAUUGUUUCGAGUGACUGAUAACACUACCGAGAAUGGGAUAGGUUGA